GACUAUUUCCCAGCCAAGAUCUACAGCGGCAGUCACCCCUCUCCAUAAGAUCUCCAGCGGCAUUCACCAAAGCCCCUAGCUUUGGAAUUUUCAUCUGUUUCACUUCCCUGUACCGAGCUUCAAAUCGCUGCUGCUCUGUGAGUCCAAGUAUCAAUCUUUUUUUCAAUUUCAAAAUAAUUUCUUCGUUAUAAUUUCUAUUUAAUCUGAGAAGAGAAAUUAUUUAGAAUUAAAGUAAUAUUUGAUGGGAAGAGCUUCAUCAUCUGUUAUAGCUUUUCUUCGCAAAAACCCUCCUACCCGUCAAAGCUCUAACUUCCAUUUCAGAAAUCUGUCGAUAGAAUCCAAAGAAACCCCACAACUCUGCUCAGACUUUGCCAAAGAAGUUUGCAAGAUUAUUAGGACAAAGCCCAGAUGGGAGCAGACUCUGCUUUCUGAUUUCCCUUCUUUCAGUUUUAAUGAUCCAAAGUUUUUUCGCCAGGUUUUGGAGCACCAAAACAAUGUGCUUCUCUCACUUCGAUUCUUUCAUUGGUUGAACUCUAAUUAUACACUUUCAUCUGAUUUAGAUUCGUGUAGUGCUCUGUUUGAUUCUCUUGUUGCGGCCAAGGCUUGCAAGGCAGCAAUGGAUUUUCUUAAUCAUACUGCUUUUAGUCCUGAUCCGGGUUCAAUAGAGCAAUGUAUACGGUGUCUUUGUGAGUGUGGAUUGGUUCAAGAAGCAAUUGGUCUGCUCUCAAAGUUGAAAGAAGUGGGAGUUUCUGGUUCCAUAAAAACAUGGAAUUCAGCAUUGUUGGGAGCUCUUAAGGUUGAUAGGACUGACCUUGUGUGGAAAUUGUAUGAAGAUAUGAUUGAAUCUGGUGUUGUAGCCAAUGUUGAUACUGAGACUGUAGGUUAUUUGAUUGAAGCUUUUUGCAAUGAUAGGAAACCUUAUAAAGGUUAUGAACUUCUUCAACAGGUUUUGGAGGAAGGUUUGGAGCCUGGGAAUUUCACUUUUAACAGAUUAAUAUCAGAGUUUUCUAAAAUGGGGAAAUAUGAUAGAGUAUCUGAACUACUCCACACAAUGGUGGCAAGGAACCAUGCUCCAGAUAGAUACACAUACCAGGAAGUCAUUAAUGGACUUUGCAAGAGUGCAAAGAGGCUUGAACUUUGCAAGAGUGGGAAGAGGCUUGACAGUUAUCAAAUUUUUAAUGAUGUCAAGGAGAGAGGGUAUGCAACUGAUACGGUCAGUUGCAAGACAAUGACUCAUGAACUAAGGCGUGAAGCUUAUCGAGUUUUUAAUGAUAUCAAGGAGAGAGGGUACGCACCAGAUACAGUCAAUUACACAACAAUGAUUCAUGGUCUAUGUAAAAUGGAAUGGAUUGGGGAUGCUAGGAACCUGUGGUCUGAGAUGAUUAAUAAGGGAUAUCUUCCAAAUGAGUAUACAUAUAAUGCAUUGAUUCAUGGAUUUUGCAAGAUUGGUAAGUUUGAAGAGGCUAAAAAGUUGCACAAGGAGAUGUGCAAUAGGGGUUUUGGAGAAACCACAGUGGUUUACAAUACUAUGAUUGCAGGGUUUUGCUCACAUGGAAAGAUAGAUGAAGCUUAUUGCUUGUUUGAAGAAAUGAUGCGAAAGGGUAUCGUUCAUGAUGUGAUUACGUAUAACACUUUGAUUAAAGGAUUUUGUACCCAAGUUAAGAUUGCUCGUAGUGCAGAUCAGUUGAUAAAACAAUUUGCACUGGGUCUACAACCUUCAUUCUCUUAUGCCCCACUAAUUAAAAUGCUGUGUCAAAUUGGAAUGGUAAAACAAGCAAAAAAACUAUGGACCAUUAUGUGUAAUAGAGGCCAGGGCCGUAAUCAUCCAUGUAUAAAACUACGGGCCAUUAUGUGUAAUAGAGCUCUGGGCCGUGAUCAUCAAUGUAGAAGAGCAGAGAUACAUAGCAAAAGGAAUGCAACAGUUCAUCAAUGGAGAGGUUGAAGAAGAAAAAAUCAUCAUUAUAUCAAGAGCAAGGAUACAUAGCAGAAGGAAUGCAAUGUUUGAUAAAUGUAUAGGUGGAAGAAGCACAAAAAUUGUGGAAUGGUUAUGUAAAGUUUCUGUCAUUCUCUAGUCACUCGAAUUUUGUUGAAACAUUAUCAGUGAAGAUCCAAGAAAAGAGACUAGGUAAAGCUUAUCCAACUUUGUUGCUUGUAACUUUCUGUAACUUGAUUGUGCUCUAAUUCAACAAGAGGAUUUAUUGAAAUUCUUUAGUUUAAUCCAGGGUCGACAGAUACUUUUGGAACACUGUUUUACCUUCUCCUUUUUCAUGCAAUUAAGAAUUAUGUGUAGAUAUUUUUGCA